AUGGGCCUGGAACUCCCAUUCGUCACGCUUGACGUCUUCGCCAGGGAGCGCUUCAAGGGGAACCCCCUCGCUGUCGUCACAAUCCCCAAGGGCACCCAUCCCAAGCCCACCACCCAGCAGAAGCAGACCGUCGCCCGUGAGUUCAACCUUAGCGAGACCGUCUUCGUCCACGAGGAAACCCCCGGUUGGGAUGACCAGGGCACCAGCAGCAGCGACGGCGGGCAGCGGCGGCACAUUGAGAUCUUCCUGCCCGACCAGGAGGUGCCCUUUGCCGGCCACCCAACCAUCGGCACCGCCGUCUCGCUGCUGCCCAGGGGCAUCACCACCCUGAUCACAAAGGCCGGCCCCAUCGCCCUCGCCCAGCCUAUCCCCGGCACCGUCCAGGCAGCCAUCCCGCACGACGUCCACCUCCACCAGGCCAGACUCCGGAGCCUCCCCUCCUUCUCCCCCGGCGACCUGUCCGCCGUGCCCGAGAUUCGCGAGGCCGAGCUGGGCGCCCCCAUCUUCAGCCUCGUCGACGGCCUGGCCUUCAUCCUCGUGCCCCUCGCCAGCCUCGAGCUCCUCUCCCAGGUCACCCUCAGCCCCGCCAAGUUCCCCCAGGACAGGCUCAUCGACCCCGGGUUCACGCACGGCUUCAUCUGCCGCCUCUACUAUGUCAUCCUCGACGAGGGCCCCGGCAAGGUCCUCCUCCGCUCGCGUAUGAUGGCGGGCACCUUUGAAGAUCCCGCCACUGGCAGCGCCUCCUGCGCUCUGGGGUCCUACCUGGCUCUCCACUCGGGUGACAAGCGGGAUCGCACCAUCCAGUAUGAGAUCACCCAGGGUGUUGAGAUGGGCAGGGAAAGCAACAUCUUGGUGGAGGUUGACCUGAAGAAUGACGUUGUUGAUCAAGUGAGACUGGCUGGGACGGCCACCCAAGUCAUGCAUGGCUUUAUCUCGCUCUGA